CAGAAAAACUGCAGCCUGUUGACUCUGCGAGGAGAAGAGACGGAGAGAGGAGGAAAUAUCAUGUUGUGAUUCCCCUUCUGUCCGGAUUCACUCUCAGACAGUCAGGUGUGGGGGCCAUGGGGAGCUUUAAGGGCCACGCUCUGCCCGGCACCUUCUUCCUGCUGGCGGGGGUGUGGUGGGGGAUGAAGCACUCGCUGUGUUUCGCCACCCGCCGGAGCAAGAGCUGCAGCCGGGUCUCUAGCCGGGCCUCCCAGCGCCGCCUGGAACUCGUCGAGGGCAGCGCCGUGCUCUUCUGUUCCGUCGUCGGCAUGCUUCUGGAGCAGUUUGCAGCGGACGGUCCGGCUCUGCAGCUCUACGACUCCUCGGAGCACCACUGGAGGUUCCUGAUGAACUGGCAGCACAGCACCAUGUAUCUGUUCUUCGCUCUGUCUGCCGCCGUGUCUCUAGUCGUGCAGAGCAGCGAGGCGGCGCCGCUCGCUCUGGACCGACUCAUGCUGGCCGUCGCCUUCUUCAACGAGGGCUUCCUGUUCCUGUACCACCUGCACGGCCGCAGUCCACUGGAUGUCCACGUUCACCAGCUGCUCCUCUUCUGCGUCUUCGGCCUGGCGCUGCUCUGCUUCCUGGAGAUCUUCCACCGGGGGAACCUGGUCCUGGAGCUGCUGCGCUGCACGCUCACCAUGCUGCAGGGGAGCUGGUUCUGGCAGAUCGGCUUCGUGCUGUACCCCCCCAGCGGGCUGCUCUGGGAUCAGACGGAUCACAACAACCUGAUGUUCGUCACCAUGUGCUUCUCCUGGCACCUCGCCUUCGCCAUGCUCACCAUCAGCGGCAUCUACGCCGCCGUCACCUGUGUGGUUCGCUCCCGGCUCAGACGGACUCCCCCUAUGGAGAUGGGGCUCCUGAAGCCCAGAGACGGAGAGCCAGAGUCCGAGGACGAGAUCUUAUAAACACUAUCAGCGUUUAUGGAUCAGAUCUAAUAAAGACGACUGUCGCAUAAAUCAGAAUACAAUCAGGGAUGUUUCCAGCAGCGCUCCGAUGGAAACACAGAGGAGAUGCACCUCCUCUUCUGACGCCUCAGUGUUCAUCGCUAUUUAUUUCACUGUGGCUUCCAGACACUCUUAUCUGUUCAUCAAUAAUGAUGUGCACCAAGAGUUUGAGUGAACCUGAACUCAUCAUGAGGGGCGCUUCAUUCGUGCACCCUUGUCCUCUAUCGCCCUCUUGUGUUGUUUCAUUAUGUUGUGUCGAACCCGAACUCCAAAAAUAAGAAUUUUAUUAAAGUUGUUUGAAUCUUGCUCUUUGAUGUAAUUAAAGACUGUAUUCCUUC